AUGGCGGAAUCGCAAAAUUUUACUGAAAUGACUCAAAAGAUUGACAUUAAAUCAACAUCGGUAGAUAGAAGUAUUUUGCUCUCUAUCAAUAGUGAAAAUGUCCAAAUGGUCGGAGGCGUGAGCCUCAAUAUCAAUGGAGCAAGACUACGAGAUGUCUACCGCAGUAGUAAAGUUGUAAUGAAAGUAAUCGACGAUGCUAUUUUGAGAGGUUUUGGUGGCACCAGGCAUGAUCAAGAAGUUCAGAAUGUCGACCCAGAGUAUAUUCUUGUAAUCAUGCACUGCUAUACAGAUGAAAGAUUUAUUGACGUAUUGUCGAAUUAUGACUCAGGAAGAAUGAUAAAUCGAAUGCAAGAAGAAUUUGCAAAGAUUGGCCUUGACGUAAGAGAAUUGGAAAUUAAGAUCGAAAACUUGAAAGAAGUGAACACACAGAAAACCAGGAUUUUGAGAUCAAGUGCUAUGAAUAAUCCUUGUGAGGGGAUGAAAGAUCUUGCCAUAGCUGAUGCGAGGAAAUAUAAUAGUGGUAACGAGACCAAAACGGAAACCGUAACCAACAACCACGAUUCUGCUCUGGCAUCAAAACGAAAAGCUCUUGAAAUUACACUAAAACUUUACGGUGAAAAUCAUCUCAAAACAGCACGAAGUUACUACGAUAUUGGGGUCACGCAAGGAAAACUGCAAGAUUACCAGUCGGCAUUAGAAUCCUAUCAACAUGCUCUUGAAAUCAGAUUAAGAGUGUUUGGAGAGAAUCACUGCAAAACAGCUGAAAGUUACUUCAACAUUGGCGUCACACAACAUGAAAUGAAAGAGUAUAAGUCAGCAUUAGAAUCACAUCAACGUGCUUUACAAAUCAGAUUACAGCUGAAUGGAGAACACCAUAGUGACACUGGUCAUAGCUAUCACAGGGUUGCUUUUGAACAAGAAUGCUUGAAAGAUUACAAAUCAGCUUUAGCAUCAUAUCAACAUGCCCUCCAGAUCAGAUUAAAACUGUUUGGAGAGAAUAAUUUAUCCACUGCAGUGGCUUAUUACAAUAUUGGAAUCACACAACACAAAAUGAAAGAUUACAAGUCCGCAUUAGAGUCACAUCAACGUGCUUUACAAAUCAGAUUAAAGCUGAAUGGAGAACACCGUAGUGACACUGGUGAUAGUUAUAACUGGGUUGGCCUUGAACAAGAGUUUUUGAAAGAUUACAAAUCAGCUUUAGCAUCAUACCAACAGGCCCUCCAGAUCAGAUUAAAACUGUUUGGAGAGAAAAAUUUGUCUACUGCAUCGACUUAUUUCAACAUUGGCGUCACACAACAUGAAAUGAAAGAUUACAAGUCGGCAUUAGAAUCACAUCAACGUGCUUUACAAAUCAGAUUAAAGAUGAAUGGAGAACACCAUAGUGACACUGGUGAUAGUUAUCACAGGGUUGGUCUUGAACAAAAAGGCUUGAAAGAUUACAAAUCAGCUUUAGCAUCAUAUCAACAUGCCCUCCAGAUCAGAUUAAAACUGUUUGGAGAGAAUAAUUUAUCCACUGCAGUGGCUUUUUACAAUAUUGGAGUCACACAACACAAAAUGAAAGAUUACAAGUCCGCAUUAGAAUCGCAUCAACGUGCUUUACGAAUCAGAUUGAAGCUGAACGGAGAACACCAUAGUGAUACUGGAAAUAGUUAUCAUGAAGUUGGCCGUGAACAACACAAAUUAAAAGAUUACAAAUCAGCAUUAGAAUCAUAUCAAUAUGCCCUCGAGAUCAAAUUGAAUGUAUUUGGAAUGUAUCAUCACCAAACUGCGAAAAGUUAUCGCCAAAUUGGAGUCACACAAUACAGCAAGCGCACAAUGGAAGGUUACAAGGCAGCCUUAGAAUCAUAUCAAAAAGCUCUUCGUAUCAGAUUACAAAUAUUUGGUGAGCUUCAUGUUGAUACUGCUCAAAGUUAUCAGGAUAUUGGACUCGUACAAGAUGCAAUGAAAAAUUACAAAUGA